ACUGUUAAAAAAGCACAGCCAAAAUACUAUUUCGAUCACAUAGACCAUCCAAUCAACUGUUUGCUUCAAACUCUAAAUUACCGAGAGACAAAAUUGAAAUAAUUUCAAAAUCUUUCACUUUUCAAACUAUCAUUCUGCCUCACUCUGACCAGAAGGUCCUUGCAGAAGUGGUGUGACGUAUUUGUGUUCUUAUCAGAUUGAUGGGCGAGUUUGACUGAAGCAUUUGUCAUGUAAAUGUGAGACGUUUGAUGGACGAUCCUGACCUGACAAACUGCUAUAGGUCCCAAUUGCCAUUGGCGUAAAGUGAGUCACAUGAUCUGUCACUAAGGUGAUAUGAGCGUGGUAGGCAGUUUUACAGAUUUGACAUACUACCUAGAGGUUGUAGGGCACAGGGAAGAGCAAUUAAGGUGGACUGACCCGUCUUCAUUAAUUUUGCCAUAACAAUACAGGAUGAACUCUUACUUAGAUUAUACCAUUUGUAACAGGGGGACUAACAUAUUCAAUGCCAAUGCCGGAUACCACCAUUUAAACCAUGGAUACAUGUCCUCCUUAUCUUCCAAUUCAUGCGCAACAAGUGAUAGUUUGGUGUCCGAUGGGCGGUUAGUUGGUGGUUCUUCGGUGCACCAGACUUCGAGCCACCCUCUCCACCAGCCUCAGCUUCAUCAUAUAGAUCUCCAGUUUGGCUCAACGGGAAACUCGGUGUAUGGCUCGCCAACAGGGCCAAAUUUGGAUUAUGGACCUCAUCAAUACGCUCUAAUUCAUGAACAAGAACGAGGUUUCAUUCAGUCGCCUGGGAUUCCUGUGUCAGCCAUUGGAACGAACAUGCCCCCCCUGGCCGAAGGGAACAGUGAGCCAGGGUCUGCACCAAGCAGCCAGUAUCUGCACUUUUGCAGUGGAGAACAGGGGCAACAAGAAUACUUGGAGAGUAUUUACUCGAGAUUAGUUCCUUCCCAAUAUAGUGAUAAGGAUUCGGAUGAUUUCAAUGCAGAUUUAACUUCAAAAACUUUCGACUGGAUGAAAGUUAAGAGGAAUCCCCCUAAAACAGUUUCAGAAUAUGGAGUCCCUGGUCAACAGAAUGUAAUCCGUACCAACUUCAACACAAAGCAGCUGACAGAGCUCGAGAAGGAGUUCCAUUUCAACAGGUACCUGACCAGGGCCCGGCGAGUGGAAGUUGCCGCUAUUCUCGAGCUCAACGAAACUCAAGUGAAAAUUUGGUUCCAAAACCGCAGGAUGAAGCAGAAAAAGCGUGAGAAAGCAGGCACGGUCUUUCUAAACACAGCAGUACCGGCAAAUGAUUUGGGAGAGAUCACCUCAUCUCCUGAUGUGUCACCAAGCUCGAAGACCGCGUAAAUCAAUCUUUUUACAAAUAACAUUUGAAUCACCGCACUCAUGGUGCCGCACUUUACUUGUCACAUUUUCAAGGAUACUGCAGGUUUACAGGGUUUAGGUGCACAAAUUUCUGCAAACAAUUUAGUUUCAUGUUUGCACUAUUUACGGGUAUUUUCUACAAAUACAUUUAGAUACUUAUGUGAGAAGUUAGAAAUAAAAUGUUUGUUUUGAAAAGUCUGUAUUUGUGCUGAUUUGUACAUUUGUGAGUGAAUGAAAUGUUCCCAUACAGUAGGCUAUAAAGUAUUUAUUGAAUGUGACAAUAAGGAUAUGUUGUAAGAAAAUCUAAAUCUAUGGAACUAAUUGAAUUCUUCUUCGAUGUUCUUUCUACUCAAAUAGUAUUUUGGAAGUCAACAUUGUUUAACUGUUGUUGAAACUGUUUUAAAUCUGCCUACUCAUGAAAUUAGGAAUCAGAUGGAAAAAUAUGUCAUUUUCAUUGAAAUGCAAUUCAUAUUGAGAAUCACAUAAUACUGAUUUCUAUAUAAUAGUUUUUACAAAAUUAAACUUUAACAAAUA